UCCAUCAUCUGGCUAUGUUCUCCAUGCACCUCUCCUGCUUCUACUGAAGGUCAUUGUGCGAAGCUCCUCGUCCGACGCUGCCGUCCGCUCCUUCAGCCACUUCACCUUUGUCACUUUUCUCUGAAAAGAGUGAGUGAAUGGACUGCCGUACUUUAUAGUGCUGCGUCAAAAGAGGCGGAGUAGGGGAGAAAAUUCAAUUUUUUGGGGACCGGCGUCGGAGGGGGUGGGAACGUGACGUCCUGAGGAGAGGAGGCCGGCCAUUGGCUGCGCUGGCUGCCAGUCCUGCGUGCUGCUGCAGACGGACAGGCCACUCGAUGAAUAUGGAUGAGAGCAGUGAAAAGGGUGAUGCGGCAGGGAAGACCCCCCCCCUUCAAACCGAUGCAGGCUUGAACAAUGCGUGCCGUCUUUCACUGAAAACACUCAGAGCCUGCAUUAGCAUUUUCUCAGACAAUUGAGGCUCGGGCCAGCUGCAGGCAUGGCUCGGAUGCUGCGGUGAAAUCUCUUUUUCUGCACCCCACUGAUGAAUAAGACCUCGGUGAAAAAAAAGGUCGACUGGCCGCAUUCCUCAACACUACCGUUGCACCUAUGCCUAGGCUAAUGUCAGGAGCCCCUUUAGAGAUUGCGCCCUGGCAUUGAUGGCGAUCUGACAGAGGACUUGAGAAGCAGCAGAUCUCAGAAUGGAGGAGGGUGAGUACUUCCUGAAGGUGCUGAUCCCCAGCUAUGCAGCCGGCUCUAUAAUUGGCAAGGGUGGCCAGACCAUCGUACAACUGCAGAAAGAGACGGGUGCCACCAUUAAGCUGUCCAAAUCCAAAGACUUCUACCCCGGAACAACUGAAAGAGUCUGUCUGAUACAGGGUACUGUCGAAGCCCUCAAUAGUGUCCACAACUUCAUUGCGGAGAAAGUCCGCGAGAUGCCCCAGAGUGCCCAGAAACCAGAACCUGUCAGCAUAUUGCAACCACAGACGACGGUUAACCCUGACCGCGUUAAACAGGCCAAAUUGAUUGUACCCAAUAGUACCGCUGGGCUGAUCAUUGGUAAGGGUGGUGCCACAGUGAAAGCGGUGAUGGAGCAGUCGGGAGCUUGGGUGCAGCUCUCUCAGAAGCCGGAGGGCAUCAACUUGCAGGAGCGGGUGGUGACCAUCAGUGGAGAACCAGAACAGAACCGUAAGGCUGUGGAAAUCAUUGUACAGAAAAUCCAGGAGGACCCUCAGAGCAGCAGUUGCCUGAAUAUCAGCUACUCCAACGUCUCGGGCCCAGUGGCCAACUCCAACCCCACCGGCUCCCCUUACGCCAACACAGCCGAGGUGCUGCCCAACGCAGCCGCAGCAGCUGCCACUGCCUCCAGCCUUCUGGGUCAGGCCGGAUUGACAGGAAUGGGUGCCUUCCCUGCCACCAUGUCCAGUUUCUCUGGCAACGAUCUGCUGGCCAUCACCUCAGCCCUGAAUACACUGGCCAGCUACGGCUACAACACUAACACCCUGGGCCUGGGUCUCAACCCCGCAGCUGCCUCUGGAGUCCUCGCUGCAGUGGCAGCUAGUGCCAACCCAGCUGCUGCUGCUGCAGCUAACCUAUUAGCCUCCUACGCUAAUGAUGCCUCCAGCAGUGCCGGCCACCCCGCUACAGGCCUCGGUGGGUUCUCCCUGGGCUCACUAGCAGCUGCUACUGGAGCUUCCAAUGGUUACCUAAAUGCUUCAUCCCCAUUGAUGGCUUCCUCCCUGUUGGCAACAGAAAAGUUAGCAGACGGAGCCAAGGACGUGGUUGAAAUUGCUGUGCCCGAGAAUCUGGUGGGUGCCAUUUUGGGGAAAGGAGGGAAAACACUGGUAGAGUACCAGGAGCUGACAGGAGCCCGCAUCCAGAUCUCCAAAAAAGGAGAGUUCAUUCCAGGUACUCGGAACCGUAAAGUUACAAUAACAGGGUCGCCGGCCGCUACACAAGCAGCGCAGUAUCUGAUCAGCCAGCGGAUCACGUACGAGCAGGGCGUGCGCGCUACCAACCCACAGAAGGUGGGCUAAAACGAAGACAAGAGAGGGAAAGGAUGAAGACAGAGAUAGAAAGGAAUUAAGAGAGUCAAGAAGAAUAGAAAAAAAGAAAUGUCCAAAUAUAUGUUCAAUAUUUCAGUAUCAAACGAGAGAAUUACAGAGAAGGCGGGGGAGACAACCAAGAUAAGUGUGUGUGAUUUGUGAGUGUGUUUUUUGGACAGAAGUCCUGAUGUUUUUUAAAAGUUUGUGUCAAGUCCUUUUGACAAUGGUGAUCAGAGUAAGCUGAACUGGUCCACUGCCAAGUUGCAGAUUCAGGAGUGAGGCUGCGGAGUCUCACCCUCCUCUAAAACCUCAUUACUGUUUUCAUUUUGUUCUUCUUUUUAUUGUUGUUGUUGUUUUUGUUGGAUUUACGUCGGUUUGAGACCUCAGCUCCCGGUGAGCUGAGCGUAUCAGUUAAAGAUCCGGCCAGCUAAUCGAGCUGUUUUAUAAACCUUGCUCUUUGUGUUCAAUGCAGAAGGCAUUGUUAACAGGGGAGAGGUUUUAUGACAAGCACCUGAGCUCAUCUCAGCUAUUUAGGGCAGCAAUUCAAGUAUAAUUUCUUUACAAGCAAACAAAAGCGCAUCUAUGUUGACGUGUGUCAAAUUCUAGCUCAUUUCAUAAUUGAAAUGACAAAAUUUGGGUAUCUUAUAUUUUCAUCCUUUAACUUAUUGACAUAGUCUCAUUCAAACACAAGUAGAUUAUUUAAACCUGUAAAUGCAGGUUGAUCUGAAUGUAAAAACAAUUUUAGCCUGUUGCUAUUUUUUUCUUUCCAGGGAUCAAACAUUGUGUUGCAGUGAAAGAAAUGUAUAACUCAAACCCAGACUGAACUGUGUGCUUGCCGUCUGCAGGUAUAGUUCAGGGGUUGAAGAAUCAAUGUGAGAGGACAGAGGAGACACACAGGAAUGUAUAUCUAUAUUUUAACACAGACACAUAGAGAACGCUCCCACAAACGCACAAACACUAGAACAUCAUUUCAUAUUCAGCCACUGCUACAAACACAAAGAAAUAUGUUGUUGACAAACCCUUUCUUGGUGCUAUAGGCUUAGAUUUGUACCUCCUGUACCGUGGAAUUCAAACGUUUCCACAACUUGAGUUUUUACUUGAUUUGAAGUAGCUGACGUGUCGUCCAGCCAUUGGUAGCCCACUGGAUCUGACCCGGCUUCUUACCUAAUGACAAUUGAUUGAUUUCAGGAUUUUGUGAAUAAAAGCAGUCCGGCUGUUCUAAUAUAAGUCCAUUAUUUUAUAAUACAAGCCGAACAUCCUGCAGUAGAUAACACCAGACAUACUUUUUUGCCUUAGCCAGACAUUUGUAACACCCAAGAAUUAUCUAAAGGCUCAGACUUCCUGAAAGCAGUGGCAGUUUGCAAAGAGAACAAAAGUACUACAAAAGCAUUUUUGAUAAGAAGAGCUGUAAGAACCUAUAUCUGUGAACAAAGAAACUAUUGCCUUUUCUGUAAGGGUACCAAAUAGUCCAACAUGGAGCAGAAAACUUAGUUUUGGAGUCACUUUUCUGUGAGAAAUGCUUCCUAAUUGACAUGACGACAAACGAGAAAUUUCUGCAGUUCACCUAAGCAGAAUAUUAUUGUUCCCAACGUACGUUAAUGCUCGAGUGGAGCAUAUAAUGAAACAUGACAUGUUUUUGAUUGUUGUCUUUUUUUGCCACUUGUUUGUCUUGACGGUGGCAGGCCAAAUGUCUGAAGCACUCCAAGAUUACCUUGCGUCCCCCUGUGUGCUGCUAUCCAUAGCAUUCAUCCUGAGUCUGCUGGCUCUAAAGACUGCACUGUGAGGCAUUUAGACCACAAUGUAAAGUGUGUCUGUCCUGCUAGGGGUGUGAAUACAUCUUUAUAUGCACAUUUAUGUCACAAGAUCAAAACCAACCUGCAGAGCCGGCCCAACGCUCCAAACAUGACCAUCUUUUACGGUUGUCUUUAUUAGGUUAGCAUAUCAAGGACAUGUCAAUUUUUUUUUAAAGUUAGCAUUUAGCCUCCAUCCCAAGUUUUGUUAACAAACCUUUAUCCAAGGGCAUAGAAUAAGUAAACUACUUAGAGCUCCAAGGCCAGCAGGAGACCCCAGAGAGCACUUGACUUCCCAAAGCGUCAAAUAUGUAUCAGUGUUUAGAAAGCAUAAGUUUAUCUUCAACGUUGCUCUGAAGAUUUUGUUUUUAAGUAGCAAUUUCUAAAAGAAUUUUAAAUUCUUUCAAAAUUAAAAUGGAAUAUUGUCUUUAAAAAAUGUAUCUAUUUUUAAGAUCUGACAAAUGUAGUAAUUGAAGUCAUGUAGAGAGAAAUGUUCUUCAUUUGAUUCCAACAGUGGUUGUGGAAUGCAAUUAUUCAAAUUAAUUGGAAAUUUUCUAAUUAAUAUUGAUUAAUCUAUUUUUUUUAAUCAGCAAUACUUGGCAAGUUUGUCAAUUCUAAUUAAUUUUGGCUUAUGACUGAAUCAGUGAGUAGAUUUCUACAUGUUUUAAAUGAUCAGGUCAGAUAUAGAUUUGCUUUACUUGGCUCUGAAGUCUAGGUGUAGGCAGCAAGUUGCACACAACCAUGUUUUUAUUUUAGCUGCCCUUGUGUUGCAAAAAAAAAACAUUUCCGCCCAACAAGCCAAGCCAAGACCUCCAUCACUGUUCACCAAGCUCACACACGUCCUGUACAUUGACUUUAGACUUAAGGUGCACCACUGCCUCCUACUGGGCUGGAGGGUGUGCAACAGUGUUACCAAUGUGCCAAAAACUUAAGAGAACUUUUAAAUCCGCAAUUAAUGCAUUGUCAUUUUUUUACCCACAAUUUUAUCUAUAUUUAAUCAGAAUUAAUAUGAUUAAGUUCUAGUCAAUGGUCUUGAUUCUAGUCUUUUUGUCUAUUUUUUCUUUGUCCUGCUUUUGUCUACGCUGGUGCCUAACAGACAAAUAAUGUGAAUAAAGUAAAUAAUUUGCAGGUCGAGCGAAACACACUCUGUGAUUAAGAAGUAAUUGUUGUCUUAUUACUAAAGAAUGAACAAGAAAACAAUCAAGCUUGGGCAGUUUAAAGAGGUGUUAUUGGUGGAUGGGCUUAACUGGAAUUGGGACCCAAAUGAAAUUCUGCUUGGGGCCUCAUACGGUCUUGGGCCGGCUCUGCCUGACUGUACCAACAGAGAGGAUUUCUCCACACGUAUUUAUUACACCUGCAUCUUUUGACUUUUUCCCUUUACUAAAUUUACCCACCUACCGACCCAAACUAAACCUCCCCGGUUCUCGUACGUCCACCUCCCUGUUGCUCUAAGGGUCAUUUCCAAUAUAGUCACCAUCAACCCAAGCUCUAUGAUCAGCUUCCUUAAUGCAAAGCUGUGAGGGUUGGUGCUGCCAGUUUUCAGGAGAAUCUGACGAAUGGACGUUUUGUUUUUUGACAAAUCGUGUGUGUGUUAAAAAAAAAAGAAAGAAGUAAGCAGAUUUCAAACUACUUUCAAGCAACUCUUUGUGUGUCAACAUUCUGUGUGGCAAUACAAGCAGUGGGCCUUUCUUCCCAGCUCAAGUCUCUUCCUUUCACUCUGUGCUUGGAAGGCCUCACAGUCAUCCAUAACUACAAUCUGGCCACCUGUGAAAUCAUUGCAUAAGAGAACCUUUUACUGCCCAAGAUUUUAGCAUAUAAUAAGAUAAAAGCACAAAACAAGGGGGUGUUUUAUCAAUGCAACUGGACUGUUGGACUCCAGAGAGCUUCUCCUUCAGAACUCUCUGAUCCAUACAUUGUGCCAAAUCUGUUUCCUCUCCCUCUCAUUAAUUUUCCUCUUCCUCCCGAUGUUUUCGUUCCCCUACAUGUCCUCUGUCUGCGUUCUGAGACUCCUCCUGCGUCCCCGAGCCGCUCCGUCUGUCCUCUUUCCCUCCUACCCCCUUCCCUCCUGUAUUCUCCCCCUCUUUCUCCUUCCUCUUGUCUUGUCGUCUCAUGGGCGAUGUGUCGGACGUGCCGUGGGUGGGAGUUAUGCACUACGGGUCGUAGGGGUAUGAAAAUGUUUUCCCGGGCCGCAGAGUUCACAAGGCUAAAAAUGCACAGAAAACACCUGCCUCCAAAACUGUGACACCCACUGAGACCAACCAGCAAACGUUAGCUCAUAAGUGUCAAAUUUUUCCUCAGCGGGAAGAACGAAGGAAGAUUUGGGGGAUAGGUUUGGCCUUUUAAAAGGACGGAAAAUUUUUUAGUUUGUUGUUUGUUUAUUUAUUUUUUAUUUUUUUCAAAACUAAAAGGCAAAUCUUGGCAGAAUGAAUAUUAAUCCGAUGGCCGAGCUCGAGCUCUAAACAAAAUAUUUCGGACAGAAUGCAUAAGACACAUGAGAGAGAGCAACGUGGGAACUUGUUUGUGACCUCAAGCCGAAACAGUGACAUCCUUUAUGCAUAUCCUGUUAUCUGAAAAAUGACUAGAGCUCAUUUCUGUGGAAUACAAUAUGUCACGUCAUAUGAUCUAUAUGUACUUUAUUGUAGCUAUUCUAGUUUGUAGUCCAAAUGCAGUCCAGCGUUGUCAAUACAAUGUGAAACUAUGUUAUAUUUGUGUGGAUGAUGAGAGUGCCAACUAAGCCUGACUAAGAUUAGCUUCGCAGUUUGUUUGUGCAUUAUGAUGCCUCAUCAUCGAGCGGUGGUGUCCAUAUUUCUGUCACUGAUGAUUUAGUUUGACAGUAAGAAAAAUGUUAAGAAUAUUGGAAGCAAUAUAGUAGCAUGUUGUCCUGUUUUGUGUUUUAUGUCUGUUGUAUGAACCUUUGAAAUUACUAAGAUUUUGAAUGAAUAGGUUUACAUGUACUUCUUUUUGUAAGUUAUGAAAAUGCUGCUAUUUGAUAAGUAAACUAUACAAAAAUAUUUUAGUGGAAAAGAUGUCUGGUCUGUUGAUUAGAGACGUGCUCCGAUGGGGUGGAGCAUUAAGCCGAGGUGUAUAGAAGGCUAUACAGUAUUGGUAAGAUAGUAAAAGUAAUAAAUAGUAGACUCCAUAGUAUGACCUGUGCCAAACUAGACCUCCGCAGCUUCUGAAUUUGUAGAUGUGCGAUCAAAUGUUAGAUAUCAAUAACUUGUUUAGAAGUGCUGAUCAAGUGCCAAUCAAACACUUAUCUUUUAAGUUAAGAAAAGAUAAUCAAACACAUUACUUAAGAAAACAAAGGACAAAGAACUUUUUUGUGCAUUGUUUUAUCCCAUAGGUACAUAGAGUAAGAGUUAAAGAUUGUGAUUUUUAUGGAUCCAUGUUGUUUUACACUCCAUGCAUCCCUUGUGUGUUCGUUUGACCUGUGGCUUAAGUACCGCUGUUUUCUCACAAAUGUCUCUAUAGGCCAGCAUGGACUAAGCAUAACAUGUUAUAAGCAUCCAUAACAUAGCCAUUAACAAUCAAACGAUGUGUUUGUGGAGUUCGGUGUUAUCUUUUUGCACGUCUUCUAUUGCAUGGUAUCAAAGUAAAAUUAUGGAGGAAAAAAAAAAUGGGGAAAAAAAAAAGUCAAAAAAUUUUGCGAGGAGUCUCGCAACAUUCAGAGACAUAAACGCUGCAUGCAGUCAAAUGUAUAUCUCUUUGAGUUGAACUCACCUCAUGUUAAAACUGUUUAUCUUUAUGUUGUGAGUUGGGAGGGAGCUCAUUAUCGUCAUGUUGGCCCGAAAAGAAAAAAAAAGAAAAAAAAAAGACACAAACAUGAACACGCAUCUGAGAUUGGAUUUCUCAUGGGUCGAAUUCAUCUCUCUAACAUCAUCGGAGAAGAUUUUGUUUUUAUAAUUUUUUUCUUUCUUCCUUUCUUAGAUCCAGAGGAGGAUUACAAAUGUGAAACAAGCAAACGUGAAAAUGUUACUCAGUGCAUUGGCUCCUUGUGUUUUUUUAUUUUAUUUUAUCACAGCUUGAAAGCCCAGAUCUAAUCUAAUGAAUGUACUCAUUUCUUCUUGUUUUCUUUUGAUUAAUUUUUGUUAAAAAAAUUUUUUUUUUAAUUUUUUUUUUAGGAGUUUUGUUGAAUGUCUAACUGUCUUUAAUGUAAAUUCACGGCAGGAAUGUCAACUACAUGUAAAGUUAAUGCGUUUAAACAGCUCCGGUCAGGUAGGCCUCAGACGGCCGCAGUCAUGAACCAGAUAUGCGAACACAACUUCCGAUUCGCUGUCAACAUUUUCCUGUUUGUUUGGUGUUGCAUAAAUGCACUUUAUUGAUGGGUGGGUGGGAAAUGAGGCAAACCGUGUUGGCUUUCCACAACCAUGUUGUUGUCAUCCUUUGUUCUGAUUUAAGUUUUUCUGUUUUUCUUUUUCCGUGUUGGGUCUCGAGAAUGACGGGAAGGGCUGGAAUCUCAGACAAAAUAGAAAAGUAGCACCUGUUUCCUCUCUCUAAGGCUUUUCUGCCACAUUCCCGGAGGACUGAUCUCUACACUCGCUUCCACUUUGGUUUUAAAUCUCAAAUUAGGAUUUUUUUGUUUUGUUUUUUUCAUGUUUUGCCAGAAGAUUUGAAGUGAAGGGUGAAACAUCUUAGCUGAUGUUACAAUCAGAUCUGAGAGACACCUUUGGCACCAGCAACACGAAGAGCGACUCUGCCGCCCCAAACGGAGAAAAACUACAAAGGAAAAGCUGUGAUUGGUUAAGGCCUGCUUGUAUCAAUGAUUUAUCCGUUUCAUCGUUGGGUGUUUCGCAUCUGAGCGCCAGACCAAUUGGCAGCGUCAUUCCAAAGGUGAUUUUUGUCGGUUUUGAUUUUCACUCCAAACGUGUUCUGGACAUUGAUCCCCCUUCACAAGAAGGCCAGGACUGAUUUUGAAACGCUACAAAACUGGCUACGGCUGCUCACUCCUCCCUUUGAACCAAUUCUACCUGAGUCUCUCUCUCUUGCUCAGUCUGCACGAUACCACGACUUGUUUCAUUACACCGAGAACCUGCAACUGUGACCACCCUUUAAACGGGUUAAGGCUUUUCUGGGGGGGGGAAAAAAAAAGAAAAAAAAUGGAUUCUUUGCCAACCAGACAUGAGGCCAUUUCUGUGUUUGACCCUCAGAACCUCCCAUGGACUUUGUUGACCUUCUACAUCCUCAGAACUCAUGAGUGUGUGGAGAUUGAACUCUCAAACUCUGGAAGACUGUUCUGUUUUGUUUAGUUUUUUUCCUUUGACUGAACGCUUGCUUAUGUGUCAACGUAAGGGAAGCACAUUUGUAUUUUGCAAAAGUUCUCAUGUCUUUAGGUUUUGGGAUUUGCUUUGACGUUUAACCUCCGUUCACUCCAUCUCAGACAAAAAUGGACUGACAGCAUAAGAUCAAAUAUUUCCGGCUUGAGCAGAGUGAUGUUUCGUUCAUUGGGUAUAUUUCUCUUCGAUACUACGAGCGAGAACGAUUCCGUCUUUUCUGUUGUGACAAACGAGGAGAAUCUGUGAAGGUCCGCAGUGUAAGACUACCUAAAGGGCUUUCUCUGAGAGCAUUUAUACCAGUCUCUUGAACGUGGUUUGGAAAGAAAAUGCCUUCUUGUGCCAUUUUAAGGGGAAAACAAAAUGAGAAAGCUUUUUGUCAAUAAGAGUGCCAAAUAAUUCCACACUGAGCCAAAAGGCAUCCAGCCGUCGUAACUGUUGGAUCUGCGGGACGAUCCCGUCCCGGUUCCGCCCCCCUAUAAAAGGAAAAAAAACAAACAACAUAAAAAAAAAAAAAAAACAUCACCCUAUUUGUGCAAUGUUGGAGCUGACGUACCAUUAUUGUUAUGCUGCCAGUCUGUUUUCUGCUUUGGUCAGAAACAUCUCAGAAGCAGGAUAUUUUCUAUAAAAAGACAACAGCUACUACGGUGAGGGAAUGAGAGGAUUAAUUACUUGUCAUUAUUUCUGUUUGUUUCUUUGAGCAUCACUCAUAAUAGAUUUAACGGUAAUGACUAUUUAAUGUAACUGUAGUACUGUGUUUGUAAAAGAAAUUCAGUGAGUUGUGUUCUAUGACUCGUGGACUACCAGUGAAGUCAGCAUUUCAGUGUUAAUAAUUGAAUUGUUUUUUAAAGAUUAUUUUUGCGACGGCAACAAAGAGUCAUUAUAAAUGUUCAUUUUAACAUCA